AUGGCGUUACAAGUAUAUGUUGAGCCUAAAACGUAUACUGUUUGUAAAUUUGACAAAAACUCAGACGAUCUCAACCAGGUUUUCAUUGUACUGUGUACUUUGUGCCUCCAAGGAGAUGCUUGGUUGGGAAGGAAAUGGUGGGGCAAGAAAGGGAAUAACAAAGGGUGUCCAGCAAGAGGUGGAGCUUCGCCGUACUAUUUCGGUACAACAAAGUUGAGUUGCAUUAAAAAAUUCAAGCGAGGUGCACCUACGAGAGGAAGGUUAUCUCUAAGUCACCGUUUCAUCUACUACAAGGGAAAAUAUUUCGACUUUCUAGGUAACUCGACGGUUGUAAUUUCUAAUAGCCGAUAUUCAGAAUGCAGAUGCAGUGGCGGAAGGGAGGGCUCCCCAGCAGGUUACAGCACGGUGAGCCUUAGUUGCAUUGAGGGUUGCGCCAGAAACUAUAGGUGUGCCUAUGGGAGGUACAGGUUGCUUAGUAACAACUGCCACGACUUUGCCAACAGGAUUUCUAAAAUUCUCUGUAAAAGAGGGUCUGGUUGUCCAAGCUGGUGCCAGGGAAGCUGCAACUAUCCAUACUAUACUAAAUAAUGAUAAAUAAAUAAGAGAGAAACCAG